AUGCAUUCUGAGGGCAGUUCUUCGCUGAACUUCCAGCCCCGUCUCCAACUCCUUAGUUUUAAACGAUUGGGUACGCGAAGAGCGAAUCCGGAUACACCUGGCAGAUAUGGCCUUGUCGUCUCGGACGGAGAUCAUUUCUAUUUUGCAGUGCUGUCCACUGGAUCGAACUAUCUCCUGGAUGAAAAUAUUCUAGAAAAGAACUAUGUAUUCACGCUCGCUGGAUUGGAGGACGAAUAUGCGGUGGGCAGCUCGAUCAUUAUCUCACUGUCAAUCUUCCUAUUACUUCACCUCCACAUUGUUUGCUUCAACGAACGCAUUGGGUCCCCAACUUUACCACGGCAAAGAUCAGACACAAACGCCCCCACAGCAGCCAAGGCCGCCAUCGCCGACCCACCAUCACCAACCCCUGGCCCUAGCACCACCGAAGCUGACACUCCCCGCAAUGCUCCCACCGAGAACCCCCCGGCCACUUUACCGAUUGAAGGGCUGAAUCCUUAUCAGAGUGGGCGGACCAUCAAAGUUCGUGUAGUUCAAAAGUCCAAAAUCAGGCGUUGGUCAAACAAUCGCGGUGAAGGAAAAUACUUCAACUGCAUGUUUGUGGACGAAACAGGCGAGAUCAGGGCAACGGCGUUCAAUGGUGCAGUCGAUGAACAUUAUGAGAAACUUCAGGAAGGAAAAGUGUACUAUGUCUCGCGAGCAAGGUUGAAAGAUGGUUCGUCCACAAAUAAGUACGAGAUGAUACUCGAAAGGACCUCAGAGAUUAAGGAGGCGAAUUCUCAGUAUUCUUUCAUCGAGCCAUCGCAGAUGGCAUCACAGCAGCAUGGUGCUGUUGUGGGUACGUACCUUCAGUCCCAACUUCGCGCAGGUUCUCGCUUAACCGUCGGGCGGGAUCUGAUGCUUGUCGAUAAUACAGGAUAUAGCAUCCGUCUGACAGUACGGGGCAAUCGGGCCGAGUAUUUCGACAACCACACCAAUCCUGUCGUGGCCGUCAAGGGUGCUAGGGUGAACAAUUCUAGCACCACACACCUGGACAUGCCCAACGCUAGCUAUAUGCAAGUAGAACCAGAUAACCCUCAGGCACAUGUGUUGCGUCGGUGGUAUGAUCAAGGGGGAAAGGCAGAGACUUUCCGACCACAAGUAUCAAGCAGUGGACCUGAUCCAUCCUUUAGUGGGUUCAAUAAUAAUGAGCCUUGCCCCAUUGCCAUCGCCCAAGAAAAGUUCCCUGGCUUGGGCGAUACGCCAGAUUACUUCGUGCUUCAUGCCACUGUCGUUCUCUUUGGGGAGAAUGUCUACUAUAUGAGCUGUCCCGGGCCCAAUUGCCAAAAGAAGGUGCUGGAGCAAGACGAUGGGACAUGGAGAUGCGAGAGGUGUGCAAAGUCAUAUGUGAACUGCAAGUAUCGUUACUUAAUGGGUGUUUCGGUUGCCGACCACACGGGACAACUUUUCCUUCAGGGCUUCAAUGAAAUUGCCGAGCAGCUUUUGGGGAUCUCCGCGAAGGAUUACCACGAUCUCAUAGAAGAUUCUGAUGCUGCCAGAGCUAAACUGGUCGAGGCGAAGUAUAAAGUGUGGGAUCUGUCGUGCAGAGUGAAACAAGAAACCUACAAUGGCGUGACUCGUCCGCGAUACGUUAUUAAUCGGGUGUUUGCUCCCGACUAUGCAAAGGAAGGUUUACGCUUACUUGAGUUUGUGGAAAGGUAUCCUUCUAGUAAGAGCGCUUGA